AUGCAGGAGGUGCUGCAUUUGCUGAAUGAACGAGAGGCGAGGGACAUCGGAGAGAGGAGGGAGAUGGACCAUACUCAGAAGCAGCCUCAGGAGCCUGCAGGGGCCACGGGGGCCCAGAACCUUGGCAACCCCCGGCCGGGCUUCAUGAAGUGCUUGUUGGAGGUGGAAGAGGAGGGGGCCACGCGUUGGAGGGUCACCAAGGCCCGCGCACUGCCAAACCGGAAGUCCCCCAGGACCCUGGCCCCCGUGCUCGUCUCUGCCCCGGUUGGCAACUCAGCCCCAAUCCUGCCUCUGACCCUGCCUCAGACCCCUGCCUCGGCUCCUGCCAUGGCCCCAUGCUGGGCCCGACCGCCAGCCCCUGGGCCACUUCCUGCCCCCAUGGGAGCCCCAGCUUCAGUGCCCGUCACGGUCCUGCCGGUCCCUGCAUCAGACCUGGGCUGGAGAAGGACAGAACUUUUGCACCACAGCGGGGAGAGGAGCCUGAAUUACCCCAAGGCACGGCAGGAGCUGGAAGAACACUGCCACCUGAAGGUGCGUCAGACCUGGGAGGAGAGGUCGGAAGAGCACCUCACACUGAAGCAAGAGGAAGCCUUCCGCAGCUACUUUGAGAUCUUCAGUGGUCAUGGCGAGGUGGAUGCACAGAGCCUGGAGAACAUCCUGCUCCUCGUGGGCAUCUCCGUGACGCCGGCCCAGGUGGAGGAUGCCCUGAGCAGUGCUGACAUCGAUGGAGACGGCCACGUGAACUUCGAAGACUUCUUGGCUGUGAUGACAGACACCAAGCGCUUCUUCUGCUCUGUGGAAGAGAAGGCCCUGACGGACACGGCUCCCCCAAACCCCCGCACUCUGCUCUUUGAGAUCCUGUCCCUGCUGGUGGAGAUGCUGGCCUUACCUGAGGCAGCCUUAGAGGAGAUCACCAGCUAUUACCAGAAGAAGCUGAAGGAAGGCACCUGUAAGGCCCAAGAGAUGGAACCGGCCAUUGGCCGGCUGCGGUCCCGGAAGAAGCUUCCCUACAACCUGCAGCAGGCAGACACCUUGGAAGUCCCAGAACGAAGAGCCCUCAGGAUCCUGAGCCAGCUGAAGCAGCAGAACUAUGCUGCCAACCUGCAAAGCCCCUAUGCCCAGGUGCCUUGCAUCCCACUCUGCCCGCGGCUGGACAAGAAUACGGUCCGCCAGAAGCAAGGCAGCCACUAUGUGCUGGAGCUGUGUACCCCCACCAGCCUGGGCCCUGACACCCGUAGCCUCUUCUUCCAGACUGGAUCUCAAAGAAGCAGGGAACCCAGCUCUGACAGCCGAAAGUGGCUCAGUUCUGUGCCGGCUCGAACCCACUGACCCUGUGGAAUCCUGACUCUGGGCAGCUGUUCAGGGCCUGCAGACGGACGGGUCAUCAGGCAGGGACUGCUGCUGGAUUUUGCUUUUGUGGCCUG